CUCUUGUGUAUGUCAUUGGGCAGUUGUUCAUGCACUGACCCACGCACAUGAAGACAAACCAGUCCACAACUUACUGCCAGUAACGAUGCGAUCUCUCGUCCUGUGCUUCUCGUUUGCACUCCAGUGCUUCGUUCUCCAAAGCGCAUCAGAGUACUCUUCCAAAUCCGAGCUGGAAUACGAAUUUGGUGACUAUCGUGGCAAGUUCUGUAUCAACGAUCAAGGUUUUGUGUAUGGCAUCGGAGAGGUUUAUUAUCCGAGCUCCACAGCGUGUCCCUGCACCUGCACAGAGGAUGGACCGGUGUGUGUCAGACCCAAGUGCCCGCGUAUACACCCGAGAUGCACGCGCAUCAAAUACAAGUCGUGCUGUCCCGUGUGUGAAGCUAUCAGUAAAGUUUGUGUGUAUGGAGGCAAAACUUACAGAUUGCUGGAGGAAUUUAGGUUGUCACCCUGUGAGCGUUGCCGGUGUGAAGUCAACAGAGAAGUUUACUGCACCAUAUCCGGCUGUCCUGCCUUACAUUGUGUAAAUCCUGUAUACGAACCCAACCAUUGCUGUCCUGUGUGCAAAAGCGGGCCAAACUGCUUUGCUGGAAAUCGCGUGAUCUCAGCUGGAGAGCGUGUGGAGAUUGAUGAGCAGACGGUGUGUUUCUGCACAUACCAGGAUGGAACGUGGCAGGCGCACCCUCACGCUACCUGUGAGGAGCGCCAGCGAGACAAUGAAGCCACUGACUCCGACAACACAUCCAAGCAGAUGGAGGAGCAGGAGAAGGAGAAGGAGAAAGAGAGAGUGUUCUCACCCAGGCUGGAUGCCAUCCCAUGAAGGGAAGUGUGCCUGGCACCAGCUCUCCUGACGGGCAGGAGGUGAUGCAGAGCACAUGCAGUGUCUGUGCCCAGGGUGAACA